AUGAAGAGCACGAUCGCUUUCGGCAUCUUGCCGCUACUGAGCCUCGCCGCGGCCGCGGCCGUCGCGCCCCGUGACGAACCGACCUACGAUGCUAUCAUCGUCGGCGGCGGCCCGUCCGGCUUAAGCGCCCUUAGUGGUCUCGCCCGCGUGCGCAGGAACGUGCUGUUAAUCGACUCGGGAGAGUACCGCAACGGACCAACAAGACAUAUGCACGAUGUCCUAGGUUUCGACGGAGUCACGCCGGCAUACUACCGCUGGGCUGCGCGGCAGCAGAUCUCGUAUUACGACACCGUGACCGCGGUCAACGGGACAGUCACCUCCAUCGAGUCGCUGAACAACAACACCCAGUUCAACGUGGCGACCUCGUGGCUCAACGGCACCACCGGCACCGUCAGCGCGCGUAAGAUCGUGUUAGCAACGGGCCUACGGGACAUCCUGCCCUCCACCCCCGGGAUUGAGGAGAACUGGGGCAAAGGCAUAUUUUGGUGUCCCUGGUGCGAUGGCCACGAGCACGAAGACCAGCCCCUAGGUAUCCUAGGCCCGCUCGAGGAAGCCGCGAGCCUGGUUCGCGAGAUCUCGACGCUAAACUCGGACAUCAUCGCGUUCGUGAACGGCACGGACACGGCGGCGCAGCGGGCGGCGGCCGACGCGAGUUUUCCGGAGUGGGCGCGGUACCUGGCGCUCAAGAACGUGACGGUGGACAACCGCACCAUCACGCGCGUGAACCGGCUGCGCGACGGGGCCGAGCCGCCCGCCGACCCCAGCCUGCCGACCGCGCCCGAGCACGACCUGUUCAGUCUUGAUUUCGGCGAGGGCGAGAGCGUCCAGCGCGCCGCCUUCUUCGCGAGUUUUCCCGACGAGCAGAAGAGUGAUGUCGGGGCUAAGCUGGGUGUUACGCUGUACGGCGGUCGGUUGGCGGCGGAUGGGACGAAGGGGCUCGCGACGAAUAUCCCUGGCGUGUAUGCGAUUGGCGAUGCGAACUCGGAUAAUGUGACGAAUGUCCCGCAUGCGCUGUUCACGGGGAAGAGGACUGCUGUUUAUGUGCAUGUGCAACUCGCGCGCGAGGAGGCCCAGAGAGAACUUGCUGCGAACGCGACGGUGACCAGACGCGAGAAAGAUCUCGACUUAAGGGCUAUCUGGGACGAGAUGAACCCUCGGGGUAUCCUUUACGCUGGCGAAUUCGAACAGUAA